GUGAGAAAAUUUAAGCUAAUGUUAGUCGGCGCAGAAAUCUGUUUGUCACAACUGUUCUUCUCCCGCUAUUUGUCUAUCUUACAUUUGCAAAUAUCCAUCAUGGACAGGAUCGAAGUUUCUAUAAGUGAAGGCAAGUUGAGAGGCAUCGUCGAGAAAGGUGUUUAUGGCGGUCGUUUCGUUGCUUUUCGUGGAAUACCAUAUGCGAAACCUCCGAUUGGCGAACUCAGAUUUAAGGAUCCGGUACCACCGGAACCAUGGUCCGGCACCAGAGACGCUUCGAAAUACGGAAAUGUCGCCGUUCAGCUAGAUUUUAUCAAACACGUAUUGAUAGGAGACGAAGAUUGUCUCUAUUUGAACGUGUUCACCAAUGACAUUAAUCCUUCAAAGAAACGUCCUGUGAUGGUUUGGAUACACGGUGGUGGCUUUUUCGUGGGCUCCGGUGACUCGUCCUUUUACGGUCCCGAUUACAUCGUUCAAAAGGACGUGGUAUUGGUUACAUUAAAUUACCGAUUAGGCGUUCUAGGUUUCCUGAAUCUAUACAAUAAAGUGGCAACGGGCAAUCAAGGUCUGAAGGAUGUGAUCAUGGCAUUAAUAUGGGUACAGAAAAAUAUAUUGAAGUUUGGUGGCGAUUCAGAAAAUGUCACUAUCUUUGGCGAAAGCGCCGGUGGAGCCCUUACACAUUGCUUGACUUUAUCGCCAUUAAGUGAAGGCUUAUUUCAUAAAGCAAUAUCGCAAAGUGGCAACAUUGCGUGUCCCUGGGCCUUUACCGAACCAGGACCUAGUUCGACGAACAGAGGUUUCCUGCUGGCGAAGAAACUUGGAAAAGCGACCGACGAUCCGAAGAUCGCCUACGAGUUUCUCAAAACAAUCGACGCAGGAAAACUCAUAGAGAUUGAACAACAAAAUCUCCUGACGGAAGCAGAGCGUCGACAAUAUCAACUGACAUUUUCACCCACUCUGGAUAACGAAUCAUCGAAUCCAGCCUUUCCGGGAAAUCUAGAGACGCUUAUACAUCGCGGGGUUAAAGUGCCAUAUCUUAUAGGUUUUACCAGAUCCGAGGGAAUUUUUGUGCUAAAGAGUGCAUUUUUCGGACACAUAACUAAGGAAGAUCUCAGCAAAGUUGAUGCUGAUUUCAAAAUGGCAGUAUUACCAAAAGUUGUAGCUACACUGCCAAUCACAUUGUCAGAAUUACGAUCUUAUUAUUUUGGCAACAAAGCAAUUUCAGAGAAAACACUGCUCGAGUACGCUGAUUUCGUGGGCGACGAAUUUUUUUACCGCAGUAUUAUGCAAAUAGCGGAUAUCCAGAUGAAUAGCGAUAAUUCUGGAAAGACAUAUCUGUAUCAAUUUUCAUACGAAAGUCCAACUUCCUUAAUGAAAAAAAUAAUCAAUAUUGAGCUUCCAGGUGUGUCUCACGCCGAGGAACUGUGUUAUCUGUUUUAUCCUGAAAUAAUAAAAGAGUUGGGCUUAUCAUUGCCCGCGUCUGAUUCGGAAGAUUAUAAGAUGAUGAAUUGUUUAACGCAGAUGUGGACAGAUUUUGCUAAAACGGGGAAUCCAACACCCGCAAUUACAGAUUUGACUCCGAUUAAAUGGACCCCACUGAAGCAUGGCGGAAAUGUAUUUGAUUAUUUAAACAUCGAUAGCAAACCUCAAAUGAAAACCUUCCGUAAAGGAGAGGAACGUUGGGACUGGGAGAACGCGAGAAAAAAACUAUAAUACUCCGCAAAAAAUAAUUUAUCAGCAUUAAAAUUUUUUUGCAUUUGUGAUAAAUGUUUUUUCUGUUUUCUGUAAUGGUUUCUUGUGUUUAAAAUUAUAUAUUUAUAUAAACUACUUCUAAAGAAAAA